AUGGUGGUGGUUGAUUGCGGGGUGACGCAGGGUUCCUCGCUGGUCUCGGAACUGGCAGUUGUUGCCAUUGUAGUCACCGUCAGUGACGGAGGUGUUCUUAGAGAUAAUAGGUGGCGUCAAAAGAUGGUCGAUAAGGCCGAUCCGGGCACGGGAUGAACGAUUGUGAUCAUGGCAGGUAAUCCAGAGAGCGGAGGUGCUGCAAGACAGGCACAGUCUGUGGCGGACUGUUCCCUGGCUGUUCGGCAGUGUCUGCGUUGUUAUGGGAAGGUGCCUCGGACAAGCCAGGAAACGGAGUUUGCGUUGGCGAUCGACACUGGACCAGCUGUCACUGGUCUGUUGCCUGGCGACGCUCCACGGUUUUGCCUCUUGGGAGGUCUGGCAGACAGAGUGCGUGAUCUGCUUAACUUUUCACCGCCUACGCACGUUGUCGUUAGCGAAGCCGCCUUCAACUUGAUUAACGAGGACUCAACUUUCGAAGCGGAACCUAUAGCUCAGUCGCCCCAGUUCGGUUCAAUUCACAAUUUGAUGGGGAAAUCAAAGGCAAGUUUGUAG